GCAGGAGUGCAAAGCAUAAAGAGGCUGCACUGCUAAUUGGGGUGAGAUCUUCAAGGGUCUUGUAUGUUGCAGCAAGGAGUUCAGUUUAUCCCUGAUGCAGUAGGGGAGAGGAUGUUGGCGUUUUCAGCCUGGGACUCUGAUCAAGUACACUUGUUAAAGGCAUCACCUGCAGCCGUGAGAAGAGACGAAUUGGAUAGGGAUUGGGGAGGUCAGGCAGAGAGAGUAGAUGAAAAGCUCUUCUGGUAGUGUGUCGGGGGUGAAAUAGGACAAAGGUAUUGGGAUGGAGAGUAGAAAUAAUUAGCUAGUACAAUCAGCAGGUUUGAUGCAUUAGAAUAGAGGCCAGAGACCAGGAGGCGUUUAGGAUGGAUCCCAGGUUUCAGGCUCAGGUAACUGGUUGGUUACAGAUAUCUCACUUGUUGACUUGUGGAGUUUGAGGUGCUUGUGGCACAAAGAGAACCUCUCUGGGCAGUUGGUUGGCUCCAGAGAGGGUAAGAGCUGGAGGUCAACUUGGGACCUUCAGUUCAUUGGCAGUGAGCUUGUUCAGGGAGGCUGUGCCCGUUAGGAAGAGUAGAGGUUUGCAGAUGGAGCAUGGAGAAUCUCAACAUGGAUGAAGCAGGUGGGAAAAGCAGCCUGGAGACAGAAGGCGGAGGCUACAGGCUGGGCGUGGAGGGGGAAGCUUGGACGGUGGGGAGCUGCAGGUGGAUGUAGUUGGUAGGUGGUUUUGCUGCUGAGAGAGAGAGUAGGAGGAGGAAGGAGGAGGGGGAACUUCGAAUUUGGCGACUAAAAGGUUACUGAAAUACCUUAGUGCUAAAUGGUGGGGACAGAAGGUGGUUGACUAGGAGGCAGUGGAGUUGCAAAAUCAAGUGGGCCGAGUUAGAGGCCAGCUAGCGGCCGACACAGGUGGGGGAGAAAAAGGGAACCUUGGCUGCUCAAGGAGGGGGUCCUGAAGCUCCAGCUGUUUUAGGCCAGCCAGUGUGGUCCCAGAGUUGUGAGAUCUUCCAGUUGUUCAGGUAGGGCUAGAACCUGUACCAACAGCACACACCCACUCCCCAGUCUCGACAACCAAAAAUGCCUCCAGACGUUACCAGAUGUGCCCUGGCAGAGAGGGCAGACUCACCUCUCCCCUCCCCGCCUGAGAUCCUCUGAGUUUGGGCUCUGGAGUGUGGAGUGGACUGCAGAAAUGUAUCUUGUAAUCUUCGUGGUUGUGGGACUUGCACCUCCCCGCCCCCGCCCCUCCAUAGGGCAGAGAAAGUGAACUGUGUAAACCAGACUUCUGGGGGGCUGGGGCGCAGUGGAGGUGCUACGUGGGAGGACAAGGGGUAGAAGGGCUGGUGGUGGGGCAAGGACAGGAGUGUCGUUGAAGGAAAGCACCGUGAGUCUGGACUGGAUGGAGAAGGAAGUCACUCUGGGGGGGUCUGGGGACUGCCGAGCUCAGCUCACUGGCAGGUCUUACCUCAGCAGGCAAGGCAGCUGUGCCUCUAAGAUCGGAAUGUAAUACCCUGUCCGUCUCGGGGCUUAAGAGGAGUUAGUACAUGUGAAGCGCUCAGGAUACUGCCUGGCACACAGUGUUGGCUAUUAUUAUCAUUAGUCUUCUUAGUUGGGAGUGGCAGAGACUAACUCAUGUUGUGUUACCAAAAAAGAAAAGAAAAACGUCAGACCUAGGAAGCUGUUUCAGCAGAAGUUCAUGCUUUAAAAAUACAAGUAGCAGGUGUGCUAGCUUUCUGUGUGCUUUGGUGCGCAAGCUACUGAGGGUCUAGGUCCAGGCAGCUGAAGAGUGUGGUUAGCAAGAUGAACAAAGAUGCGCAGAUGAGAGCAGCCAUUAACCAAAAGUUGAUAGAAACUGGAGAAAGAGAACGCCUCAAAGAGUUGCUGAGAGCCAAAUUAAUUGAAUGUGGCUGGAAGGAUCAGUUGAAGGCACACUGUAAAGAGGUAAUUAAAGAAAAAGGACUAGGGCUUCCCUGGUGGCGCAGACUAGAACACGUUACUGUUGAUGACUUGGUAGCUGAAGUCACACCGAAAGGCAGAGCCCUGGUACCUGACGGUGUAAAGAAGGAGCUCCUACAAAGAAUACGAACAUUCCUUGCUCAGCAUGCCAGCCUUUAAGAUUGAAUUAGAUUGUGUUGUUUUGUGGUUUUAUUUCUGAAAGUAAAACUUGCCAUAAAUUACGAAUCGAUUUCCCAAAAUAAAAUCCUUUCUUGUAUGAUGGUAUACAGUUUUCAGUAAUGAUGUAUACAAUUGUAUUGAUU